AUGACGCCAGCACGUUCAUCGACUAAUGAUGACGCAAUUCAGGAUGAAAAUGCUGAUGAAAGUGAGGAUGCCUGCAAGACCGCGCUGGUGACGCCUGAAGACAGCCAGUCAGUCUCCGAUGGCAGCGGACGGGCCCUCGUAAAGACAAAACUUUUCCACCUGACAACGGGACUCACAAUUGCCCCCAUCUACAAGCUUGUCUGUGUGCGUGUUUGGUGCAUCGAUUAUGCUUCUGUCGCGACUGGAGGCCUGUCCACUUGUCGGUCUGCCGGUCUGCGUGUAGCCAGACGCUGGGGCCUGUGGUUCUGGGUCAGAGACGGCGCAACUGUAGCUCACCCGUAA